UAAGUUUGGAUUUGGUAAAUUGUUGAAAUUUAGAGAUUGUGCUGUGCACGUGCCCAACGGUCAAAAGUCCAAAUGAAAAAAUGCCUUUAUCGCUAGUUAAAAUAUCUGUUGUGCUAAAACUUAUCCCCCUUUCAGUUUCAUCUCAAAUUCACAACGUCACAGCUUUCAGCAAUGGAGUCUUCUUCUCUCUCUUCAUCUUCUUACUCCACUCUCAGAAAAUCCCUUUAUGUAGCUAAUUCCAACCCGAAUUUCCAAAUUCCUUCAAUAUCCUUCCCAAAGUUUCAUCCCCAAAACCAAACUCAAACCCUAACCCUAACCAGUAACCGCAAACACCUGACGCUCCCCCCUCCUCACUCCACCAAAUCCAUCACCGUCUCCACCGCCGCCGCCUCACCGCGAUCGCUCAAAUCCCGCCUCAAGAACGGCGAGACCCUCUACGGGAUCUUCCUCCUGACCUUCUCCCCGACACUCGCCGAAAUAGCGGGGCUCGCCGGUUACGACUUCGCGGUGGUGGACAUGGAGCACGGCCACGGAGGAAUCUCCGACGCCCUCCCCUGUCUCCACGCCCUCGCCGCCACCAACACCGCGGCGGUGCUCCGCAUCCCGGAGUCAUCGGCGGCGUGGGCGAAGAAGGCCCUGGAUCUGGGCCCGCAGGGCAUCAUGUUCCCGAUGAUCGACGGCCCGAAAUCAGCCCGGAAGGCCGCGUCGUACUGCCGAUUCCCGCCCAACGGCGUCCGCGGGUCGGCCCACACCAUUGUCCGUGCGUCGGACUACGGGAUCGACGAGGGGUACUUGAGUAAUUUCGAGGAGGAGCUCGUGGUGAUGUGCCAGGUGGAGUCGGAGGAAGGGGUGAAGAAGAUCGACGAGAUCGCGGCUGUUGAUGGCGUCGACUGCGUGCAGAUGGGGCCUUUGGAUUUGAGCGCAAGCAUGGGCUACCUGUGGGACCCGGGCCACAAGAAGGUAAGGGAGGCGCUGCGCGGGGCUGAGAAGGCCGUGCUCAAGGGCGGCGCCGCGUAUCUCUCGGGCUUCGUGAUGCCGCACGAUCCGGCGGUAGAAUUGCGGCGGCGAGGGUACCAUAUGGUGUCGGGGGCGGCGGAUGUGGGGCUGUUCAGGAGUGCGGCGGUGGAGGAUGUGAGGAGAUUCAAGACGAGAUUGGAUGAUGAUGAUGAUGGGGAAAAGGAGACUGCUGCAGUUGCUGAGGAGAAAUACUGGAGUGAGUGAAAUGGAAAAUAACCCAUGUCAUGUGUUUGAUUUUGCUUGUUCAUAAAUCUUGACUUGCUCUCUUAAUCUCAUCUCAACUUUUGAGUUUA